AUGAUUCGCAAACGAUCGUUUAAUGAAUCUGAUUCGCUUGAUCCGCCGGGUCCAUCUUCUGAAUCACAAGACACUAUUUGCCCACUAAGUUCGCAUAGCGGUCAACCUGAUGAUAAAACAAUUGAAAAAGGCGCUGAUUAUAGUUUUGAAAGCGAUAAAGAUAAUGAGGAAAAAUUUAAUCGUUAUUUGAAUAGAGAUGAACAAGAAAUUAUGGAAGGAACUUUUUGUAAACGUGAAGCAUCUGAGGUCAAUGGAUUCACUAAAAAUGACCGCAAAUUAUCUUUCAAAUACCAUAACAGUUUUGGAUUCAGUCACUAUCUCCUUGUUUUCUUCCUCAGCACAUAUGCAGUGAUCGGUGGUUUAAUUUUUCUUCAUUUAGAACGCGAUAAUGAACUUAAAAAAUUACACGAAAAAAAGGAAAUGCUUACUCAUGAUUACUAUGGCGAUAUGCUUAAGAUUGAAGGAAAAUAUUCUGGAAGUAUUUUCGACAAAUGGGAUAAUAUUGAUCAAUCGUUGACCUGGAAUUUUCGUACAGCAAUUUUCUACGCUUGGACACUUUUCACAACGAUAGGAUUUGGAACAAUCGCUUGUGAUACAUUAUUGGGAAGACUAAUUUCCAUUGUCUAUGGUAUGAUUGGCAUUCCCAUAAUGCUUUUGGUUGUAAAUGAUAAUGGGCAGUUAUUUAUACGCGGUAUUUGCUUCAUAUAUGAUUAUAUAGAGCAUAUAAUUGGAAAAUUGAAACAAAUUAUUUCGAAAUUUAUCAGUUGUAAAUAUUGCGAUGAUUCUGGUAAUGAUGAACAGCCUAUGAAAUAUUUCCCACCUUAUUUACUUAUUACUAUGUCAGUUAUUUAUUUAAUUUUCUGCUCCAUUAUUGUCUCAAAUGUUGACAGUUUAAGUGAAGAAAACACAAGAUUAUCACUCUUCGACUCAUUCUACUUUACAUUUAUAACUGUGGCAACAAUUGGCUUAGGCGAUCUUAUGCCAAACAGCAUUCAACAUAAUCCAUUUUUAUGGUAUCUAUUUUUAAUUGGUAUUAUUUUACAAUCUGCAACCAAUGUGAGCAUUUGUAAGAGUUUGGAUACGAAAUUUUCAAUUGCUGUUCGAAGCUUUGAAAAACGAUUCAACAAAAAAUUAGAUCAAAUCAUUAAUCGCUCAAAUCGUCCUGGUCAUUCAGUUGUUAAAUCAUUAGGUCCAAGCAUACAGUUAUUGGCGAUGAUAUUACCAAUAUACGAUGAAAAUGAUGGUAAUACUGGUGCAGCACUUACGAAACCGAAAACCACUGAGAAAAAACAGAUACGGAAAAGAAAUUGGUCACGAACAAGCAAUUUAACAGCCUCGAAAUACGGAAGUAAUACAGCACUUGGUGUCUUUUCCAUUAAUUUGAAGCCAACAAGGCCAUUAAGGCCAUUAAGAUCUCUAUCAGUUAAGGAAACGAAUUCUACUAUAAUUCCAUCGGAGGAUCCAUUUUUAGAAAAUUCAUUGCCUUUGCCGAGAUUUGCUUUUACAGUCGAUCAGGAUGUGCGUAAAACUUGGCUUCGCUAUAAAGCAAUUCACAAAAUUGCUGAUAAAAAUUUCCCUUUUCCUUGA